UCUUUAACACAUUUCUCCGCCGCUCCUCUCUUGUCUCUCUCCUUCGACUGCAGAGAAUCUCCGAUGGAAAACUCCAGAUCAAGAUCCGUUUUCGUCGACAUUGGUCUAAGAGAGCUCAACGGAUUUCGAGGAAGGAAGCGACCGUUCUUCGCAGAUUCCGAGCUGAUUUGCAGAGAAAUAGCCGGCGUGGCUGUGGAACACGACGGGAUUCGGACUCCGCCGUUGGCCGUUUCGUUUUGUAAGAGUAGUAGAAAUUCUCAAAUAUUCGCCGUGUCAGAUGAAGAUGGCCAUGUGAGUCUCUUUAAUUCGAGUAAGAAGAAGUUUGCCUCUUCUGCAUCUCACCAAGAGAAUACAGAGAAUGCCAGAUUCCGUGACUGGGUUGCUCAUUAUAAUGCGGUCUUUGACAUUUCUUGGAUCAAGGGAGAUAGUUGUCUUCUGACUGCUUCUGGUGAUCAAACUAUCAAAGUAUGGGAUGUUGAGGAGACUAAGUGUACUGGAGUCCUUAUAGGACACACAGGAACUGUGAAAUCAUUGUGUUCACAUCCAACCAAUUCUGAUCUUCUCGUCUCUGGUUCAAGAGAUGGAUGUUUUGCGCUAUGGGAUUUAAGAUGUAAAAGUAGCUCUUACAAAGACGAGUUUUGCAUCAACUCUACUGGCAUGGUUAAAGGAGCUCAUCUAUCUCCUCUUUCAAAACGAAUCAAACGUCGCAAGGCUGCUGUAUCAAGCAUUACCUCUGUGCUUUAUCUCAAGGACGAGAUCACAAUUGCCACUGCUGGAGCACCAGAUAGUGCCUUGAAAUUUUGGGACACAAGGAAGCUUAAAGUUCCUUUUGCUCAAGCAUCUCCACAGUUAGACCCAACAAACACUAAGGAAAAGAGAUCACAUGGCAUAGUUUGCUUGUCCCAGGACUCAAGUGGAACCUUUCUCACAGCAUCGUGCAAAGACAAUAGAAUCUAUUUAUACAACAUGUUGCAGCUUGACAAAGGACCUUUACAAUCUUUCUCUGGUUGCCGAAUAGAUUCUUUUUUCGUAAGGACAAUGAUCAGUCCUGAUGCAGAACACAUUUUGAGCGGUUCAAGCGAUGGUAACGCUUACAUUUGGCAGGUUAACAAGCCUCAAGUAGAUCCCACAAUCUUAAAAGGCCAUGACUACGAAGUUACUGCAGUAGAUUGGUCUCCAUCAGAGAUUGGUAAGGUAGCAACAGCGUCAGAUGAUUUCACGGUACGAUUGUGGAACAUAGAGAACAACCGCUGCAAAACCUCAAACGCAUCAGCGUCUGCGUCAAGAGUUAAACGCAGAGUAUCUGCACUGUCAAAUACUGAAGCCAAAGAAAGACUUGAGAUGAACAAAGAACCUGAGAGUCCCCAAAAACAUUCAUCAGAUCCAGAUGAUGAUUAUACUACUAAUCAACCAACGCCUAUCAUCAGAACUCCGGAGACUCAGAAUAAGAAGACAUCAUCAUUGUCAUUAUCAUCAUCAGAAGAAGAGAAAACGUGCGAGAGAACACCAGAAACCGCGGUCAACAGCCCAUCAUCUGUCCUAAACCCUCCUUCCUCUGUCAAACGAAGAACCAUCAGAGACUAUUUUCUUGUCACUCCCUAAACCCUAAUCUCUUUUUCCAAAGAUUACUGUACAGAAACUUUGUAAGAUUUAUUAGAUACCAGGUCAUAUA